AUGGUCAACAAACAAGAUUCUGAUGAACCGCACGAUAUCAUCAUGCCACCGAAGAAGGCACAGUGGGGUUUGACCAGUUCAACCGUAAAAGCAGAGGACAUCAACCCGCAGUCUUGUGCUGGUUUCAGGCGCAAAUGGACACCAACGGAGUUUUGCAACCUGCCAUUGUCCGAGCGAACAGCCAUUCUUUCGAGAUUGCUUACCAGCUCCGAUUCGCUUUUCAUCGUAGAAGUGGACGGCGGAUACAAUUUUGCCACGGAAUACAACCCCAUUCACGGGGCAAUGCCCUUGCUCUAUGACAUCUGCACCAACAAGCAGAUCGCUCGAGAGGCCUGUGAAGUGUUCUAUCAGAACAAUACGUUCAUUCUGUCCUCUCGUUGGCUUCCUCACAUGGUCCUAGAUCAGACAAACACGUGGAUAAUGCGUGAGACAAUCCAACCACACCUCCUGUUCCGCAGCGUCCACAUCCUUCUCGAUCACUACGAACCUCAAACGCCGAAUAAAACCCCACUCGAACUUGCCAGCCUCCUGUCUUGCACGAAGUUGGACCGCCUCGACAUUGAGAUUUGUACCCCAGAAAUCCUCGCAAAUGACCCUGAAGGUAUAAAGAAACGAUCAGUCAAGGAGGCAAUGGCCGUCGGAGUUGUGAUUCGCCAAUUGAUGGAGAAGUUCGGAGUGGCAUUGAAAGUGUGGAUUGGAGGCCCAGGUUUCGCUACCCAGGAAAAGGAAGACAUUACCUGGAUGUGGGACAGGCCGAGUGGGGAGUUGGCCAGGGUCGUGUUAAAUGGAAGGGGGACUGAGAGUCAAAUGAUCAUGCAUUUGAUGUGGACGAUCUGGUCGAAGAGAUGA